CUGAUGGCGCUGUGCGAGGCCAGGCGCAAGGAGCUGCGCGAGUUCCUCGACAAGUGCGCCGGAUCCAAGGCUAUUGUGUGGGAUGAGUAUCUUACAGGCCCGUUUGGACUUAUUGCUCAAUAUUCUCUUCUAAAGGAACAUGAGGUGGAGAAAAUGUUCACCCUCAAAGCGGGGCGCCUCCCGCCUGCUGAUGUCAAGAACAUUAUUUUCUUCGUCAGACCAAGACUGGAGCUCAUGGAUAUAAUUGCAGAAAAUGUGCUCAGCGAAGACAGAAUCCGUUGUCCACAGAGGGAUUUCCACAUCCUGUUCGUGCCGCGUCGCAGCUUGUUGUGCGAACAGCGUCUGAAGGAUCAGGGAGUCCUGGGCUCUUUCAUUCACAAAGAGGAGUACAGCCUGGACCUCAUUCCAUUUGAUUCAGACCUGUUAUCCAUGGAAUCCGAAAGUGCUUUUAAGGAGUGUUACUUAGAAAAUGACCAAACCAGCCUUUACCAUGCAGCUAAAGGACUCAUGACUCUCCAGGCACUUUAUGGAACAAUCCCACAGAUCUUUGGCAAAGGAGAAUGCGCACGGCAUGUUGCAAAUAUGAUGAUCCGGAUGAAGCGGGAAUUUUCUGGGAGCCAGAAUCCAAUAUUCCCUGUCUUUGAUACCCUCCUGCUGCUUGAUCGCAAUGUAGACUUGAUAUCGCCUCUGGCCACGCAGCUGACCUAUGAGGGGCUUAUCGAUGAAAUAUAUGGAAUUCAGAACACUUAUGUGAAACUCCCUCCGGAAAAGUUUGCUCCCAAGAAACAAGGGGAAGGCGGGAAGGAUCUCCCGACAGAGCCCAAGAAGCUGCAGCUCAAUUCCGCCGAGGAGCUGUAUGCGGAGAUCCGAGACAAGAACUUCAACGCCGUAGGAUCCGUGCUGAGCAAGAGAGCCAAAAUUAUAUCGGCUGCAUUUGAGGAGAGGCACCACGCGAAAACGGUCGGCGAGAUCAAGCAGUUUGUCUCGCAGCUGCCGCACAUGCAGGCGGCAAGGAGCUCUUUGGCAAACCACACUUCAGUUGCGGAGCUAAUCAAGGACAUCACGACAUCCGAAGACUUCUUUGAUAAUUUAACCGUGGAACAAGAGUUUAUGUCAGGAAUAGACACUGACAAGGUCAACAGUUACAUUGAAGAUUGCAUCGCUCAAAAACAUCCCUUGAUAAAGAUAUUGAGGCUUGUUUGCCUGCAGUCAGUUUGCAACAGUGGACUGAAGCAAAAAGUUCUGGAUUAUUAUAAGAGAGAAAUUAUCCAGACUUAUGGCUAUGAACACAUAUUAACUCUAAAUAAUCUAGAAAAGGUGGGGCUGUUGAAGGCCCAGUUAAGUAGCAGAAACAACUACCCAACCAUUCGGAAAACUUUGCGCUUAUGGAUGGAUGAUGUCAAUGAACAGAAUCCCAGUGAUAUUUCCUACGUAUACAGUGGCUAUGCGCCUCUGAGCGUGCGCCUGGCACAGCUGCUCACUCGGCCAGGGUGGCGAAGCAUAGAAGAGGUCCUAAAGAUGCUCCCAGGGCCGCACUUUGAGGAGAGGCAGCAGUUGCCAACCGGGCUCCAGAAAAAGCGUCAGCACGGAGAAAACCGAGUCACGUUGGUGUUCUUCCUGGGCGGCGUGACGUACGCCGAGAUUGCUGCCCUCCGGUUUCUGUCCCAGAUGGAAGACAGCGGCACCGAGUAUGUCGUUGCCACGACCAAACUCAUCAAUGGAACGAGCUGGAUCAAAUCCCUGAUGGAGAAGUUGGAGCCGCCUCCUUUUUAGAGCGCGACGCCACGCACGGGGUGAAGGGAGACCGCCUGCUCCUCAGGCGCCUCUUGUCUGGAGAGGAGCCGAGCCGAGGGAUAUUGGCGGCGGAGACGGACCUCUGGCGUCCCUGCCGGUCACCGGGUGUGGAACCGGGUGUGGUUCUCUCUGUGCAGCCUUUCCUGCUUUGAUCGUUCGGGACUCUCUCGAGGAGCGGCUGCCUCUAAAAGAGAGGAGGACACCAAGGAAUGAAAGGUUACAAACUAAGACUGCUCCUAAUGUUAGCGUCUGAAACAGAGACAUCAGGAAAAGGCUGAAAUCAUGUGAUGCUCCCUGGGCGUGAGCCUUACACUGAAUCUACUGGCAUCAGUCUCAGAUGUAUCAUUUUAUUUAUUGCAGUUUCUAAAUAUCCCUUUGGGGUGGACCUGUUCCACAGUCCCAUACUUCCCUGAAACACAGGGUGCUUUUUUUCUUUAUGGUAUCAGCGCCUCCCCCCGUUUCUUUUCUUUCUUUUCCUUCCCUUCAUUUCCCACAACAGCUGUUAUGCUUGCCGUGCUUCUUCCCACUGAGUUGCCAUUCCAGAGCUACUUACAAAGAUCCACAGAAGUCACAGGAUUAAAUGUUGUAAUUUUCCAUGUGACCUCAGGACCAUUUCCUCAGCUGUGUAUAUUAUGCAAUUUCUCUCGGGCCUUGUUCCUUGUUCAGCAUAUCUUGAGACAUGCAGCAAGUUUUUUAAAAAAAAAAAUGCAUUAUACAUUCUGUGUGCCAGAUUACAGAGAGCAUUCUUUAUUGGCUGCAUACAGUUUCACAUACCAGUGGCUGUAAUGGUGCGGAGUGGAAGAAAAAUAAAUGGAACAUUUUGCUGACACUGUUUAGCUAUCUUUCUCUGAAGUCAGUCAGCAGUGAUCAAGUCCAGACUGAUACAUCUUGAGGUCAACAGGAUGUUUUGUGCAUGAAAAUGCAAGAAACACACGAUUGUAAUAAAGAUGUAUUCCCACGC